GUUUGCUUUUCGUUCCUUGUCUGGAAAUGACGCGAAAGGGGCUAGGUAUCGGUUUCUAUUCCACAGGCAAGCGGGCCCACGAACCGCUCGAGUUUCAAGAGCCCUCGUGAGAGAGAUAGCCCCAGCCCGUAUCGGGCCGAUAUGCGCGGUCCACGGCGGCGGUGUAGGGUGCGAGAUACACUCCGUUCCGCCUUACUAUACGAACCGCAGAGGAAGCUAUGAGCCCUCUACGCCAAUCCCCUAUCGUGCGAGAGUAUUACCUGAUCUAUGGGAGGACGCAGUGAUGCGCGGGGCCACAUGAUUGACGAGGCACACGAACCGAAUAUUUCAGCAUCAGCUAUAUGGGGAAAAUCGCGGGGCACGGAUUGGAGCCGAGUGCUUACGUCAGCAUUCAGCUGAAAGUCGUGUCCUCACUGAUUGGAGGCGAGCCUCAACCGAACGCUGAUGGAUAGCGUCGCGCUCGUCGCUAGACGCUGCGAGGAACGCUGGCGACGAUGCUGGCGCAAGCUGUGGUGGCGCUCCGCCGGUUCGCGAGUGAUGACGUGUGAGGGGGGUAAGGCGCGAGCCUUGUCGUCUAAGUGGUACAGCAUCACGGCCUUGUAGUAAUCUAGGGGAUGUCGGUGAAGCUCGUCGUCACGUGACGCUCACGCGUCAGGGGAUUGGCUUGGAAGGGGCGUACAGUGUCCCCUGCGGUCCAUCGCAUAAGGUGAAACGGAAUAAAGAGUCGAGCUCGGCGACGGCGGCGAGGGACUCGUGAGGUUAUUCGAGCAGAAGACAUCGCCCGCGCAGCAUGUUCACUGUUCCCGCUUUUCUGCUGCUGCUGCCGCUCUGCCUGGGGCUGGUGGCGGCCGACACUCCGUCUAACUGCACUUACGAGGACAUCCGGGGCUGGUGGACCUUCGUGGAAGGACCACGUACUGGCACGAAAGACGUUCGAUGCGACAACUGGAAGUCAGAAGUCGCUGGUGGCGAGACCAGAAAAGUGCGGCUGCUCCUUGAUUUCCCCAACUUGGUUACGGAUUCCGAUGGUAACGUUGGGACCUGGACCCUCAUCUACAAUCAGGGCUUCGAGGUGACUCUGCAAUACCGAAGGUACUUCGCCUUCUCAAACUACACGGACGACGGACACGGCAGGGUGGUCAGCUACUGUGGCAGCACCAAGGUGGGCUGGUCACACGACGUCCUUGGACACAACUGGGCCUGCUUCGAGGGUCGCAAGGAUGAUGGUCUGGGAGAGAAGCCGCUUCAAGUCGGCAGACAUGAAGAGCUCGGCGCCACCCGGGACCCCUACAACACCGAAGUGUUCGCGCAGCUCAUCAACGCAGCGCAGAACUCCUGGAAGGCUAAGGUUCACCCACAGUUCAAGGAGAAGACUCUGGACGAAAUGAUGAUGCUCCGCGGAGGACAUCGCAACAAGCACCUACGGAGUCCUGGUGCUGCCAAGGUGACCGAAGAACAGCGGCGAGAGGCCCAGGCCCUGCCCGAGGAGUUCGACUGGAGGAACGUGAGCGGCGUUAACUACGUGUCCCCUGUCCGGAACCAAGCGAGCUGCGGGAGCUGCUACAGCUUCGCCUCCAUGGCCAUGCUCGAGGCCCGGCUCCGCAUCGCCACCAAGAACAGGGUGCAGAAGAUAUUUUCGCCGCAAGACGUCGUCUCCUGCUCGCCCUACUCUCAGGGUUGCGAGGGCGGCUUCCCGUACCUGAUCGGAGGCAAAUACGGCCAGGACUUUGGGGUCGUCGAGGAAAGCUGCAACCCGUACCAGGGCUCAGACGGGCCCUGCAAGACCAACACGACGUGUCCCAGGCAUUACGUCGGCAACUACCGCUACGUUGGCGGCUAUUACGGAGGCUGCAACGAAGAGCUGAUGCGCCUGGCCCUUGUCCACGGUGGUCCCGUGGCCGUGGGCUUUGAGGUGUACCCUGACUUCCAGAUGUACCAGGGCGGCGUGUACCGGCACACGGGCGUUCACCGCAGCCUGAACCUGGGCUCGCCUUUCGAUCCCUUCGAGCUGACCAACCAUGCCGUGCUCGUGACCGGCUACGGGGUGGACAAGGAAACGGGUCUCAAGUACUGGAGUGUCAAGAACUCGUGGGGCCCCGGCUGGGGCGAGAACGGCUACUUCCGCAUCCUUCGCGGCACCGAUGAGUGCGGGAUCGAGAGUCUCGCCGUCGAGGCCAGCCCGAUCCCGUAAACGGAGCUCGGGCCUGCCAUAUCAUUGUCGCCGGGUAGAAGUCAUCGUCGAGGGUGAUGCGUGUAAUGUAAUGCCCUCACCAGAGGAACGUUAAGGAUCAAAUAAAUGAAAUGAAAUGUAAUAAGUUUGAACAAGGUGA